UCAGCCGUACAAGGGUGAUUUUAUCCACUGGCUGCAAAGUGAUCAAAAUCUUCACAGUAAACCCUGUCUUAACAGAUCAACACUAAAGAUUGUGAUUGUCUUAAUCUAGAUGAGUGUUUUAACUCAAAUUUGACAAAACUGUAAAUUGAGUUGAUUUAACUCCAGCUUGGCCAGGCCAAGACUCUACUUCAGUCUUAACUGCCUAGUAGCUUAACUUGACUUAAGUUCCAGUUUUAACUGACUCUGUUACAACACUGCAAUAAUGUGGAAAUUACCGAAGCUUUUGUGCUGGAAGUCAGAAGCUAAAGGAGUGGCCUAAGGAUAAGACAUUGCAAUAAAGGCAGGUGUACAAAAGUUCCUGUCUGUCUCUCAUCUUAGUAGCUCUGUCUAAACCUCACCAUGGAAACAACUCUCAUAUGGAUCUUUACCCUGUUGGUCUCACUUGGUCCUGCUGUUUCCUUCCUCACCGCUCAGGUCCUUUGCUGUAUUGCUGUGUUUCAGUGGAGGACAGUGCUCCGCUGGACGGAGUCAAAGAAUAUGAAGUGGUGAGACCCCUCAGACUUCACACACAACACAAGAGAGACACAGAGAUGUCACGGCCAGAUGUUGUGAAAUACAGGAUGCAAGUGGAAGGAAGGGAUAUUGUGAUGCAUCUUGAAAAGAACGAGGGCCUGUUAACCAAGGACUACUCUGAGACGCAUUACACUGAUGAUGGAGAGAUAAUUACCACAGCCCCACAAGAUAUGGAUCACUGCUACUACCAUGGACACAUACAGAAUGACAGUAGCUCUGUGAUUAGCAUCAGUACCUGUGAUGGGCUAAGAGGUUAUUUCCAGACUGCAGGCCAGCGUUAUCUGAUAGAGCCCCUGUCUGAGGAAGACACCGGUGACCAUGCUGUCCUGAAGUAUGAGAGUCUGAACGAGACACCAGCAGUCUGUGGAGUGACCAACACCAGCUGGGAUGAUGGCCUCCCUUCCAUCAGUAAAGUGCACUCCAGAGGUUCGGGGCCUACUCUCAUGCAACAACAGAAAUACAUUGAACUUUUCUUGGUUGCUGACAACAGAGAGUUCAACAAAAUGGAGCGUAACAUGAAUAAACUGAGGAAGAGGGUGUUUGAGAUAAUCAACUUCGCCAACAUGGCAUAUCGGCCACAGAAUACCUUCAUUGCUCUGACUGGGCUGGAGGUGUGGACUGACCAGGACAAGAUUAGUGUGACCGAACCAGCAGGACAAACUCUGGACCAGUUCACCAGCUGGAGGAACUCUCAACUGGUAAAGAGCAAGAAGCACGACAACGCCCAGCUUCUAACUGCAAUAGACUUUGAAGGUUCUACAGUGGGAUUAGCUUUUGUAGCGACCCUGUGCUCUAGCCAUUCAACUGGAGUUAUCCAGGACCACUCUCCAAAUGCCAUUGCUGUUGGGGCAACCAUAACGCAUGAGAUGGGGCAUAACCUGGGCAUGAACCACGACACCAGUUCCUGUGUCUGCAAGGACUCCUCCUGCAUCAUGGCAGCUGCCCUUAGUCAUUCCAUUCCGAAACACUUCAGCAGCUGCAGUGACACGAGCUACGAGAAGUUCCUGAACAACCGAAAUGCAGAAUGUCUUUUAGACAAACCGGACCAGCAGGCUCUCAUUUCUGAUCCAGUGUGUGGCAACGGCUUUGUGGAGAAGGGCGAGCAGUGUGACUGUGGCCCAGUGGAGGUAAUAAAAAUAAUAAUUCCUAUUUUGUCAGCGGCUUACGAAUGCAGAGCCAAGAAAGACGAGUGCGAUUUGGCGGAAUACUGCACAGGCCAAUCUCAGUGGUGCCCAGAGGAUGUGUUCACUGUCAAUGGGAUUUUGUCAGCGGCUUACGAAUGCAGAGCCAAGAAAGACGAGUGCGAUUUGGCGGAAUACUGCACAGGCCAAUCUCAGUGGUGCCCAGAGGAUGUGUUCACUGUCAAUGGGGUGCCGUGCAAGCGAGGUCAAGGGUACUGUUACAAUGGGCAGUGCCCACUCUUCUCAGACCAGUGUCAGAGGAUCUGGGGGACAGAUGCAAAAGUGGGGAACGAUUUAUGCUACAAUGCGAACACACAUGGUGUGUACUACGGCUACUGCAGACGUGUCUCGGGGAGUUAUGUGAGAUGCCAGAAUAAAGAUGUGAAAUGUGGAAGGUUAUUUUGCACUGGGGGCAAUGACAACCCUGCGAUAGGAAGACUGGUUCUUUUUAACAACUGCAAAGGUACACUUUUCGGGGAUGACGAAGACGAUCUGGGACAGGUAGCAACAGGCACCAUUUGUGGAAAUGGUCAGGUCUGCAGCAAUAAUGAAUGUUUGGAUGUCGAAAGUGCCUACAAAUCUGCCAACUGCUCAGCCAAAUGUAAAGGCCAUGGGGUCUGCAAUCACAGACUGGAGUGCCAGUGUGAAUCAGGUUGGUUGCCCCCAAACUGUGACAAGAAAGCUGCUAAUGAGACGUCUCCAGGAGUCACAGCUGCUGUUGUAAUUAUCUGCAUUGUAGUCCUGAUCGUCAUCUUCAUCAUCAUUGUGUUCAUCCGGCGCAAAAAGAAGUACACAAGUCCAUUCAGAUCUCAAUCCCACCUGAAGACCACUGGAGUGACCAACCCAAGCUUUUUAAGGGACAGACAGCAGACGACUUCAGAUUUUCAGGUCACUGUGCACCCAGUGAGAGCAGCACCUAGCCCUCCCUCUGCUGCUAACAAGCCAGUCGUGCCACCCCCUCCUGUGACCUCAAAACCCCCGACAACUGCACCUCCUUUUGUGACAACCUAUAACAACAAGGCCAGAGCUCCACCUCCUUCUGCACCAGCCUCUAGCAACAAGCCAAGAGCCAUACCCCCUCCUCGCCCAGUUGUCACCAAUGCUGUGCCGGUCCAGGUGAAGACUCGUCCUCCUCCAGUGCCCACUGCUAAACCAGGACAUUUUCCUGUUGAUGCCAGAGCAGCUCUUAAACCUGUGAAUAACCCACGACUGUGAGGCCUCUUUAUGCAGAGGGAAGUCAGCCUACAACACCCCAGUUAUAUUAACCUUUGCCACCACUACAGAAAGCUCUGGGAACUUUUAGUAGCUGAUUGCACAUCUCUGAUCUCUGCCUUGAGUGCCUGUGCUGGUCAGAAGGGUCUGACUUCUUACACUGCCUUUGGUUGAAUGAGCCCUGUGAGAUUUUAGGGUGUUAAUGUGUAAAAACAUUUGGUUAUUAAAAAAACACAGGCUGUAGCUUUUAUUACAGUAUCACUGUUCAUAUUUAUUUCU